AUGAGCGUAUACGCUUUCGAGCUACCGACGACAGGCUCUUUCUCCUUCGCUGACUGCUUCUCCGAUCUCACCGGCACGCAUACAUCUGCACUCGCCGAAGCUACUCAAGCUCGCGCAUCCUUACGCGGCUUGCUCAAAGAGAGCAAGCGCACGGACGGUGACAAGGACUACUUGCGCCUCGUCAAGACUCUCGAGGAGUAUAUACCCUACCUCUACGGUGUCGUAGCAUGCGUACAAGCAGGCGAGCUUAGUGAACGCGGCCGGCCCGUAUUCAGCUGGCGCACAACGCUCUCAUCAACAUUCAUGCACAGCUCUCCCCGCCUCUCACUGCCAGGCUUAGCCUCUGAACAGGCGUUCACGCUUUUAACCUACGCCUUCGCGCUCUCCAACCUCGCACGCCUGAAUGUCGGCGCACUUGGCGCAUACGAGCGUGCGAGGGGACUGUCGGACGCAGAGCGGAAAGCCAAGGACGAGAAGUUGCAGUUCGCAGUCACACUGCUGUGCAAGGCCGCGGGUGUAUUCGCGCACGUCAGCGAGGUCGUGCUUGUGCAGGCUGAGAAGGACCCUGGAUGGUUGAAUGGUGUAGAGCGCCCGCCUGAACUGAGUAAGGAAGUCGCAUCUGCUUUGUCGAAGCUAUCACUUGCCGCUGCUCAAUCACUCGCUGCUCGGAAACUCUUAACGAAGGCAGCUGCAGAUCUGGCCGUUGCGCCCGGUCCACCGCUGCCCAAAUCACAUCCAAAGCCAGCGCUGCUCGCGAUGUUACAUCUGGACGCGGCAGCACUCUGCUCCGGUGCACUCGCACUUCUGCGCAUACCCGGUGCAUCGCGCGCGCGCUUGAAGCCUCCUAUGAAGGCUUCGACCAGCUCGUUCAAGGCGAAGUUUGGGAGGAGCAAGAGUAGUGGUGUUGAGAAAGGGGACGAUGGAGAAGACGACGCGCCCUCAGCGUCUGGAAGCGGUCGUGAGCCUGAUGUUGCAAGCGUGGCCAGCGAUCUCCUGCGUUUCGCGGGGGACAGCGCCGCGCAUCAUACGGCGCUGAGCCAUAAAUGGCUGGGAGUUGAUGCGGGCGAGGCCGGAGGUGAUCGCGCGGGUGCAGCAGUCGGGUUUCUCCUGUGGUCCAGAAAGGAGCUCGAGGAAAUCAAGGACUCUGCCGGUGCCGCAGGGAAAGACGAGGGGAAGGAUGGAAGGAAAAGUCGAAAGGAGAAGGUGCUCGAGGAGCUUGAGGCCGUCGGUGGUUUUCUAAGGCAUUACAAGAAGAUGAAUGAUAGCUUGUCGUUCAAACCGGUACCGAGUCAGAGUGAUUUACAAGCGUUUAUCCCCGCGGGAAGGAUGGCGGUCGCAGUGCGCCCGUAUACGCCACCAACACCCGAGUUUGGACCGGGCUCCGUCGAGUAUACGCGGCGGCAAGCCGAAGCACUAGAGCUCGAAGGUGGAGGGGAAAGCGCCGAUGCGAGUCCGCCACUUGAUAAGGGAACGUACCUCGGAGCAGGAUCGUACUUCUAG